AUGGCUGUGCGAAUACUACAGUUCAGUUCAGAAGAUGGUUUGUUGGAAAAAGUGAGACGAAAACGAACUAAAAGUGAGGUGCAACGGGACGAGGUGAAGCGAAUCCUUGCUGCAGCGUCAAAGGGACAGGUGGAGUUGCCGCCUGAUGAGCGUUUUAUCGUCGAAGAAUGGGGACAGCCAACGAUUUCAGAACUCUCGGAUAAGCUUGCCGCACAGGGGUUUUCUCUGGUUGAGCAAGUUCGUGCUGGACGACCAGCGGAUUUAAUGAAACGGAACCUAAGAUAUAUGCACUACAUGGAUAAGAAACGUAAGCUAGAUGCAGAAAAGGCGAGGAAAAUUGUAAUGGAACAUCUUAGAAAGAAGGACACCAAGGAGAUUGUGCGGAAAGAGCGGAACAAGAUUACAUGUGAGCUUAUUCAAGUUCCUCUUUAUAAAUCUCGAAAACUGUCGGUUAUCUUCGAUGACGAGGACUUUGCUGCUGUUGGAAAGAAGAAAAAGAAAGUGAAGAAAGCCGCUGAAUAUUUGUAA